AUGACAGGAGUUCAGCUCAGCAUGAUUGUCUCUUCCUGUUCCGUUGGGGGACUGGUUACGAUUUGGAAACAGUGCGUUUUAGCAUUUUUGGUAGAAAGUCCUCUUCCUCUCCUCUCGCUCCUCCAGGUACGAGGCAGCUCGUCUCAGGCCAGAGAGGGGUUGAAGCGUCAUUUCUCAGAGCUCCAGACGGCUGUGACCCGCCUCCUGACGGAGCGUCUGAGCGUGCUCCUUAGCGAGGUGGAUGUCAUCGAGCAGGACAGCGUUCGACCGCUGGACGACUGCCAGAAACUCAUAGAACACGGAGUCAACACUGCAGACGAGCUGCUCCGAGAGGGUGAGGUAGCUAUCCGUUGUGGUCUGGGGGAGAAGGAGGACCUGCUGGGGUGUUUCACCAAGAAGGCCCAUCAGAUCCAUCUGGACAGCCUCCCGGAGGUACCAGUGUUAGUAGACGUGCCGUGUGUGUCUGCCCAGCUUGAUGACUCUCUGCUGUACGCGGUGAGAGACAGAGUGUCACGACACGGAUCAGUCUCUUCACACCCUCCAGUCCAGAUAGAGGAGCUCCAGGAGAGACCUGGCAGUGUGUUAGUACGCUGGUGUAAGGUGGAUGAUGAGUUUGCGGUGCAGGACUACCGUCUGCAGUAUCGUCGCUCAGUGUCUGGUCAGUACGAGGACACCUACAUCGGGCCGGAGCAGGAGUUCCUGGUCCUACACCUGGACCCCCACACUGAUCAUCUGUUCAGGGUGUGUGCCCGGGGGGAGGGGCGUACCGAGUGGAGCCCCUGGAGCGUCCCACAGACAGGAUACACCACACUGGCACCCCAUGGUAAACACACACACACACCCCAUGGUAAACACACACACACCACAGGGUAAACACACACACACACC